AGAGCCAUAGAUUCCACUGACGUUCAGUUUUGAACAUGUAGCGGGGGAUGAAUAUUACUGCUCAACGGACAAUAUGAGCAUCCUUAAGAAAUUACCAAUUCACACGGACUAAAAUUGUUAACGAACCAAUAAGAUAUGUCAUGGCCUCGAAAUCAGACCAGCUUCUCAUUGUUGUUUCCAUUCUUGAAGGUCGUCAGUUUCCCAAAAGACAGCAACAAACUUUAGUUGUACAAGCAAAGUUUGAUGGGGAACAGUUGGAGACAGACCCUGUGGAGCAUAAGGAACAGCCGCAGUUUUGUACAGAGCUGGCAUGGGAGCUGGAUCGCAGAACGCUUCACCAGCAUAGACUCCAGCGGACACCCAUCAAGUUACAGUGUUAUGCAAUUGAUUCAAAAAACUCUGCAAGAGAAUGUGUUGGAUAUAUCGUCUUGGAUCUCAGAUCAGUCCAGGAAGUUAAGCAACCUCCUAAGUGGUAUUCUUUGCUAAGUAGUAAGUACACUAAACUGAAGCCAUCACUGUUGUUGAGCCUGGUACUGGAGAAUGACACCAAACAGGCACCUGAUCAAUUUAAGGCAAUGAAAGCUCCACCUAGACCAGGGUCCCCAGUAAUGACAAAGCUUGAGUCGAUGAAACUAGAGGUGAUUCUAAAUGAAGAUGAAGGAUAUCAUCAAAUUGGACCAGCAGAACUUUGCAAAGACCUGUUUGUUCUGUCUGUAACUGUAGCCUUUGCAACCAGACUGGAACAGCUAAUCUCCAGUUCAACAAAGCUGGCCAAUGAAGGCUCAGAGUUUUUCUUCUUCUACACUCUCCUGGGCAAUGAUGUCACCAGUGAACCCUUCCAAAACCUCAUCAGUCCAAACUUUGAGCCAGAACGAGCCUCAGUUCGUAUUCGCAGUAAUGAUAAAGUCUUACGAGUUUUUUUCAGCCAGCAAAACCUUCAGAUCCAUCUUUGCUGCGGAAACCAGUCUUUAGGCAGCACGGAGGUCUCUCUUGCUGCACUCAUGAAGAAUAGCGUGGAUCUGAUCAAGCAGGUGGCCACUGUAGAGGGUGCCUUUGUCUUGAAACCACCAAAUCGCAUCCAGCUGAACCGUCAGUCUGUCCCCGUGGAUUUACAGCCAACAGUUGGGGUGGCAGUAUCCUUGAAAAGAGAGGAAGCCGAUGCUGAGCUGUUAGAGCUGCCUGUUAAGGGUGGAGAUGGGCUUAAGACACCAGUGAAAAAAAGCCCAGCUGUGCAUUUCUUUCCGGAGCCAACCCCAUCUGAGCCAAGACCAUGCAGCCAAUCUCCUGUUCUGUCUCAGAAGUCUCCAUCACCCGCCCUUGAACGUCAGCAUUCAGAGAGUGAGGCUGAGAGCCUGCCUGAUGAUGCAAGAGAACCUCAGCCAAAACAAUCAGAUUUACCUGUGCCUCCACUGGCUGCAUCUGAAAAUGUGCGACCAGAGAGUGAACCGGAAAUUCCAGGAUCUUCCAUUACUGUGUCUGCUCCAAAGAUUGCCAUUCCAUCUUCGGCACAUCAUUACUGCUUCUCCAUAGAUCUGCGCAGCAUCAGAGAUCUUAACGUGAGCUUCCCUGUGAACUGCACACUGAGGUAUGCCUACCAGUUUUUUGGGAGUGCUGCCCCGAUAAUGACAAAUCCUGCAGUGGAGAUUAAGAAGAACACAGAGGUAUUCCUGCCUCAGUCUUACUGUGCAUUUGAUUUUGCUGCACUGCCCAGUCAACUACAGGAUACAUUCUUGAGUGUUCCCCUGGUGGUAGAAAUGUGGCAUCGAGACCCUACUGCCAGAGAUGUCCUACUUGGCAUGGCCAGCAUUCAGCUUUCCCACCUCCUCACUUCUGAGAAGACCCGCUUCCUUGGCCAGUCUGGCCAGCAUCACUGGAGACAGACUUUUUCUGAGAGGCUAGCUGUUAUCAAAACAACAGGAUCAAAUGAGAAGGUGGCUGAACUUAGCUAUGUCACAGUUCUGGAGGAUAUGGGUUUAGUGAAAGCCCAGGACGUCCUCUUAUCUGAAUCAUCCCAGGGUGCUAAUCAGGCGUACCAUAAACCAGAAGCUCCUGCUAGGCCUUACAGUGGGGGUGAGGUAGGGACUAAGCCACGUGAGACUUUGGAGUACAGGGCAGCACUGGAGCUUGAGAUGUGGAAGGAAAUGCAAGAAGAUCUAUUUGAAAACCAGCUAAAGCAGAAAGAACUGAGCCAUAUGCAAGCCCUGGCAGAGGAGUGGAGGAAAAGAGAUCGGGAAAGAGAGGCACUCGUUAAAAAGAAGGAGAUGGAGUAUAAUCUGUUGGAAGAACAGCUCCAGAAGACUCUAGCCGAUCUAGAAAAAAGAGAAAAGACUCUUGCUCAUGCAGAGAUGGAGACACAGAGGCUGCAGCGGGAAAUGCAUGUGGAACAUGAGUUCAGCAUGCGGGAGCUGCAGGACAGCACCAGACGUUUACGUGAAGACUGUGCUCACCAGGUGGAGCUGGAGAGAUCGAAGGUCAGGCAGCUUGAAGAGGACCUUGUAAAGCAUCAACAGCAGGUAAUAGAUGCUGAAAAGAAGUACAAACUCCUGGAAAAAGAAUUUCAACAUUAUCGUGACCAGCAAAACACUCGGCCUGAAAUCCAUUUACAGUCUGAGAUUAAUUUACUCCGAUUAGAGAAGGCUGAAUUGGAGCGGAAAUUUGAAUCAACAACAAAAUCGAAACUGCAUUACAAGCAGCAAUGGGGGCGUGCUUUAAAAGAACUGGCGAGAUUUAAACAGAGAGAACAAGAGAAUGCCAUGACACGGCUGAAGAAGCAGCAGCAAGAACUGGAGCACAUGAGGCUACGGUACCUGGCAGCCGAGGAGAAGGAAGCUGUCAAGAAUGAGAAACAUGAGCUCCAGGACAUCCGAAACGAACUGAACAGGCUAAAACAACAGGAUGAGAAGAGAACAUGGAAGGAGCCAACAAGCAUGUCUCUGAAUGAGUGCGCUGAUGAGCACCUGAGUCGCCUGUUGGAGGAGCGAGACACACUGCUUCGUACGGGUGUGUACACACAUGAGGACCGUAUCAUCGCUGAACUCAAUAGACAGAUUCAAGAGGCCAUGGCGGACAGAGUUCCAAACUGAAUUACCAUUUGGAAUUUUCUCCCAAUAAAGCAAAAUAUUUUACCCAAUAUGCACACUAAAAUUAUGGAACUGCUGAGUGUAGAGAAAAAAAUGGCACAUUCCAAAUGAUAAUGUGUCCAUAUAUAUAUAUAUAU